UCCUCUGCUUUUGAGGGUGGCACUUUACUUGUUCUUUGGUUCAGUGGUGAUUUUAACAGUAUUGGGAAACUUAUUUGUCAUAAUAACCAUUCUUCAUUUCAAGCAGCUUCACAUGCCAACUAACUUCCUUGUUCUGUCUCUGGCUGUAACUGAUCUGCUGCUGGGAAGCAUUGUAAUGCCUCCUGGAAUGCUUCGCUCUGUAGAGACUUGCUGGUACUUGGGCCCUUUAUUCUGUAAAAUACACAGCAGUGUUGGUAUCAUGUUAUGUACAUCUUCUAUCAUUAAUUUGUCUUUCAUAUCCAUUGACAGAUAUUACGCUGUGUGUCAUCCCCUGUUGUAUCCCAGUAAAAUCACCCCUGUUGUUACAAUAGUUAUGAUUUUCAUCUGCUGGAGUGCCUCAACUGUAGUUGGGUUUGUGAUCAUAUUUCUAGAGCUGAAUAUUCUGGGUAUUGAAGAGUUUUAUUAUGAGAAUAUCGCAUGUGAGGGGCGUUGUGUGUUUUUUCAAAGUGCAGCAUCGAGCACUGCUUCCUCUGUUCUUUCAUUUUAUGUCCCAGGUGUUGUAAUGCUCAGUAUAUAUAUGAAAAUAUUCUGCGUUGCACAAAAGCAAGCAAAGUCUAUUCAGGACUCAAAAUGUAAAAAUAAUAUGAAUUCACUUUUAAGCAAAGAAGAGAGAAAGGCCACCAAAACUCUGGCAGUGAUCAUGGGGGUAUUCCUGUCAUUGUGGACUCCAUUUUUUAUCUGCAAUGUUAUUGAUCCAUUUAUUGGUUACGUAGCUCCUCCAGUUUUGAUUGAUAUGCUUAUUUGGAUUGGAUAUUUUAAUUCAACCUGUAAUCCCAUUGUGUAUGCCUUUUUCUACAAGUGGUUUAGAAAAGCAUUCGGAAUGGUUUUAUCUGGUAAAAUAUUUCAACCAGGCUCUUCAAGAACAAAUCUGUUUUCACAUUAAAAAAUAAACAUGCCCAUGAUAAGGAAAAAAACAGAAAUUAAAAAAUUUAUUUUAACACCAGAGACAAAAGUAUUGUGACCUAAGGCCUUUACACACCUGCACUUAUUACACCAGUUAAACUGACUCUGGGUCAGAUGGUUUUCACCCUUUUUGCAAUUCGUUUAGGCAGGUCUCAGUCUAGUCCUGCACAAACUGCCGUUAAGAAUGUCCGGCCAUAUCAGUUUGUGACUCAGGCUCAGCUCAGGCUUACUUGGGUUCUGCAGCAGGACAAUGAUCCAAAGCACACAAACAAGUCAACCUCUGAAUGACUUAAAAAACUAAAUGAAGGUUUCUGAGUGACCUUGUCUGAUUGACAUGAUGUGGCAUGAUCUUAAACAGUGGCACAAGGGUGGCACAACCAAGUUAUUAGGUUAAGGGGGCAAAUACUUUUCUAUGUAUGGCCAAAUCGGUUAAGAUAGUUUUUUCCUUUGAUAAAUGAAAUUAUCAUGUAAAAAAUGCUUUUUAUAUUAAUUUAGGCUAUCUUUGUCUUAUAAUAAAGUUUGUUUGAUAUUUGGAAAAAUAAGUUUAGCAAAAAAGAAAAAACAAAGAUAUCUGUCAGUCCUGACGCUGUCAGUCUGCCUGCUCUGGACUCAGAAAGUCCCAGAAAUUUCCCAGCAUCCUCACUCUCAGGACUAUAAUGAGCAUGUGACACUACGGUGUUCCAGUACGCCCGGUUUCUCACUUGAACUUUUGAGUAUAAAUACUGCUCAGUUUCAGCUCUGAGUUGCUGAGUAUUGAAUCUAGGUUCCCUAGCUCUUCUACGACGCGUUUCUUUUUGUUCUCUGCCUUAUCGCUUAUUUACCUAUUUCUGUAUUACCAUUUACCCUUUUUGCCUUGCCCAGUUUAUUGUUUGUUUCUCUCUGUUGCCGACCUAGCUUGUUAUUUAGACUAUUUUUUUGCUUUUUUCCUGACUUUGUGUAGCGACCCUGCUUUCUUCUGUUGUUUGUUUAUGCUGCCUUUAUGUUA